AUGACUUUUGCCAAAACCGCUUGCUCCAUUGCAACAAGCAAUGUCCCUUGGCAUAAGAGAAACAAGCUACCAUGCCUACAAAUGGUUAACAGGAGUGACAGUAAGAACAGCAUCAAUGAAAUUGAAAAGUAUAGAUUGACACAAACUAAAGUUAAAAUCGACAGUACUUAUUCGAAAUCGGAAUACCAAGUUGAAGUAAUAGAAUCCCCAUCUCCAAGUACUUUAGCAACCUACAUUGUUCACCUUAAAAAGCCACAUGACAGAGAUUUUUCAGAAUUGCAAGACUUACAAAGCUGGCACCAGUCAUUUGCCCACGGAGACAGAAACCGUGAACCCGAAUCCAUACCUGGUUCAUUCAUAUCGAAAUGUGGUCACCGGGUUUGCGGCAAGAAUGACAGCAAAGCAGGCAAAAGCAAUAGAAUAGUAUAG